AUGCCGAAGCAAGCAUGCGAUUCAUGCAGACAACGGAAGGUCAAGUGCGAUCAGCUGUCGCCAACGUGCUCUCCUUGUCAGCUAUCUAGUCUACUUUGUAGCUAUUACAAGCCACGCCGGAAAAGGGGGCCGAAACCAAGACAUCAGUCUCUGGAGUCAGUGGGAUCUCGUCAGACUGUGCAGCCCGGUGACGGAAUUCCACGCUCCUUAGCGACUCCAGAGAGCCCUGUCCCAGCCGAGGAUGCAAGCCGGGGAAACGAGUCUGGUUCCGCCAGUGCUCUUAACAAUCCAGUUGCUCUCUGCCAUCAAGCUCUGCUUUCAGCAUUAGCAGCUGAAGGCAUCACACCCCAUGAAACUGUCGAGGCCUGUAUAAACAUCUACAUGCAAUCUGUGUUUCCUCUCCUUCCGGUGGUCUGCGAGCCCACUCUUCGCUCGCACACAUCGUUGAUUCUGCCUUCUGUCAUGGCUGGGGUAACACAUUCCCAAUCUGGCUGGACACCAGAGUCGAUCGCUCUAAUCCGGUUAUAUUCACUGACAAUAUCGCUAUGCGCGCUCGUUUCCCACAUUCACCCCUGUAUAAGGUACCCUCAAGACGACACUAUUCCUUCCCGGUUCCUGGAAUUAUCGCAAGCAACGCUUCGGGCUUUCGCAGACUACGAUAUCACGCACCCAACAGCGACCUCGCUUGCGAUACGCAUCUUCCAAGCCUCAUGCUAUCAAAUGACAGGAAAUUCGUGCUUGUCAUGGCACAAAGUGGACGAAGCUGUCCGAUUAGCGAUCCAAAUGCAACUUCACGACGAGAAAUCGUACGAAGGUCUGGAUUUCGUUGAAGCGACGCUGCGACGCAACGCACUCAGAUACUUGUACUCGCUCGACCGGUCAAAUUCCUUGCUAAAUGGCAAAAAGCAAAACCUGAACGAAUUGCGUUUGCAGAGCUUUGUCACCACUUGUUUCGAUUUCGAUGAGCGCAUAUCGUUGCUUGAUCAAAAUCGACCAGAGAAUGAAGGCUGCUUUGAGAGACACCUCAUGAUGGGAUUUCAAAAAAACUAUGAGCUUUGGAAACAUGGGUUUGGCAUUCUGUUUGACCUGGAUCUUUUCUUGUCUGCAAACUCUCGGGCAUCUGGCGGCCGAACUCUAGAUAUUGCACAGAUGGGCAGUCUAAAGCAGGCACUUUUGCGCUUUUCUAGUAUCCUCGAUGAUGUACCGGAAUUCAUUAUGUCACCACCGACGAUCUGCAACCCUGACAGACUGCGCGAGACGCAUCAAAGACUCGCAUUCUGGAUUCAAAAGUCCAACAUCAUGCUCUCAUAUUAUUUUCUGCAACUAUUCGUUCUCAAUCGCUUUGCAGCUGCUGAACUUCUUAGUCUAUUGUGGUUGAGUAAUGACCGAUUGUCGAUUGACUGGAAAAAAACAGACAUCGCGCAUGAGGUGCUCAACUUGAUGAAAGCCGUUCCUCUCCGAGCGCUCCAUGCGAAUGGCGAGCCUGGGGCCGAGAAGCUCCGAUACAUCUGUGCUACUCUCCUUGAGGUGAUGCAAGGGCAAGAAUCGAUUCAGGGCAAAGAAACACUUCUUUGGGUUGCUGGAUUAUUUGUCGAGGCUAAACUCGCGAGUGUCUGA